CAAACGUGCACACACUAUUGAAAUAUGGUGCGAUUGCUUAAUGGCCUACACGGCCGCGUACUACGCAUAUACUGUGUCAUGGCCGAUGUCGCCUCCACGGCAGGCGGAGGGCCAACUCGGCGCUUUUCCUCCAAGCACAGCAGCGUACAUCAAGAUAUGGACGUCGUCAUAGCAUUGGGCUCAAACAUGGGCAACCGCGGCCUUCACCUCCACCGGGGUCUCAGACGACUCAGGGAGCUCGGAGUGCAGAUCCUCCGCCACUCCGCGCUGUACGAGACCGCUGCCGCCUACGUGACGCAGCAGCCGCCCUUCCUGAACGCGGCGCUGCUGGCCCGCACCGCCCUGCCGCCCGGGCAGCUGCUGCGGCUCCUGAAGCAGGUGGAGGCGGAGGCGGGUCGCGACCUGGCGGGCGGCCCCCGCUUCGGCCCCCGGCCGCUGGACCUGGACAUCGUGUUCCUGGGGGCGGGGGAGGUGCGACUGGGGGAGCCCAGGCUGGAGGUGCCGCACCCCAGGUGGCGCGAGCGGCCCUUCGUCCAGGCGCCCGUGUCAGACCUGCUGUACCGGCGGGACAUGCGCCCCGCCCUGCACACAAGCGGCAGCAGCAGCAGUGACGGUGAGCUGGGUCGCAACUGCAGCAGCAGCGUCAGCAGGAGCGUCAGGAGCAGCGACAGCAGAAGUAGCGCUGGCGGGGAAGGUCAAGCAAGAGAAGGAGGGGGAGAAGGAGGGGCUAUGGACACAGGCGGCGCUGCGGCUGCUGCGGCUGCUGCUGCCUGCCGUGAGCCGCUGCCUGUGGGUCACCCCGGCUCCGUGCUGAGCCACCUGGCUGAGGUGCGUCGCGUGUGGCAGGCGGCACAGCGGGCGGCAGGCGGCAGUAGCGGUGGCUGUAGCACCAGCAGCAGUGGUAGCGGGGCUAGCAGUAGUAGCGGUAGCAGCAGCAGCAGCCCUGUAGGGGGCGGUGGGGAGGUCAUGAGACGAGUCACACCGCUCAUCAACCUGCUUCAUCCGCCUGGCCACCAAGACCAAGCCACUUCCACCACCACCUCCUCAUGUGGCCCCACCCCCAGCUCCCCCAGCCCCCCCAGCAGCACCCCGGGCAGCACCGACCGUCUGCUGUCCUGGGGCGCCCGCACCUACCUCAUGGCCAUCCUCAACAUCACACCCGACAGCUUCUCAGACGGGGGACUGUACGACAACGACGUGGGUGCGGCGGUGGCUGCUGCGGAGCGGUUGGUGGCUGCGGGGGCGGACAUACUGGAUGUGGGUGGGCAGUCCACACGGCCGGGAGCCAGCAGGCUGGGGGCGGCGGAGGAGCUGGCGCGGGUGAUGCCGGUCGUCAGGGCCCUGCGCAGCUCGCCGGCGUUGGCGGGCGUGCCGAUCAGUGUGGAUACCUUCCACUCGAGCGUGGCGGCGGAGGCGGUGGCGGCGGGGGCCAACAUCGUGAAUGAUGUGACGGGAGGGGAGGCGGACCCGCACAUGCUGGAGACGGUCGCCGAGCUGGGUGUGCCGUACGUGCUGAUGCACAUGCGCGGCGACUUCCGCACCAUGAGCCGCCCUGAGCACACCUCCUACGGCUGCGUGUGGCGCGAGGUAGGGCAGCAGCUGCAGCGGCGCGCGCAGGCGGCGGAGGCGGCGGGCGUGGCGGCGUGGAACAUCAUCCUCGACCCGGGUAUCGGUUUCGCCAAGACCUGCGAGGGCAACUUGGAGCUGCUGCGCCACCUGCCCGCCCUCAGCCGCACAGCGCUGGAUGGGCCUUACGCAGCGUCCGCACCCCCCGCCGCCUCCCCCAUCUCCACCUCCUCGCCCGCCCCCGCCUCCGCCUCCCAUGCAACCUCCAACGAAGCAACCUCAGACGCCGCACCCUCCUCCGCAUCCUCAGACACAGCUGCUACCUCGGAAGCAGAAGCAGAAGCAGCAGAUGCAGCAGAUCCCGUCCUCCUCACAGCAGCUAUGGGCGGCGGCGCCGGCGGCGGUGCGCCCCUGCUAGUGGGCCCCUCCCGCAAGCGCUUCCUGGGUCAACUGACGGGGCGGGAGCAGCCGGCGCAUCGCGACGCCGCCACCGCGGCUGCAUGCGUGGUGGCGGUGGGGGGCGGGGCGGACAUGGUGCGGG